GCCGGAAGUGGGAGAGAGCUACUUCCGGUGGCGGCGAGCCGGUCGCUCGGCCAGGCGUCCCCGCUCGGGCCUCCCUUUCUCCUGCCCCCCCCCGGGCGGACCCCCCGACAAGCGGCGCCGGGGGGAGGCGGAGAGGAGGUGAGCCCAGCCCGGCAGGAGGCGCCCUCCCUCCCUCCCCCGUCCGCGCGGAGCUCCCGCCUCUUCCCUGAGUGCCGGUGGAACUCGCGGCCACUGGAGCCCGGCCCAGCGCGGAAUCUCCCAGGCUUGUCAACAUGACCAAGAGAACGGAAAGCCUCCAUUUCCAGUUUGACAACUACGGGGAUUCGAUGCUGCAGAAGAUGAACGAGCUGAGGAAGGAGAACAAAUUCUGCGACGUCACCGUCUGUAUCGACGACCUGCAGGUCCACGGCCACAAGAUCGUCUUCGCCGCCGGCUCGCCCUUCUUGAGAGACCAGUUCCUGCUGAACGACUCCAGGGAGGUCAAGAUCUCCAUCCUGCAGAGCUCGGAGGUCGGGCGGCAGCUGCUCCUCUCCUGCUACAGCGGCGUGCUGGAGUUUCCCGAGAUGGAGCUGGUGAACUACUUAACGGCUGCCAGCUUCCUUCAGAUGAGCCACAUCGUGGAGCGCUGCACGGAGGCGCUCUGGAAGUUCAUCAGGCCCAAACAGAAGCUGGAGAGCAAAGUGGAAAGCCCAGCCAGGGCCAACUCUUCCCAGCCGAAGGAGACUGUGGGAGCCAGUGGGGAGGGGGGGGAGGAGGAGGAGGAAGAGGAGGAGGAAGAAGACAACGACGACGAGGAGGAAGAAGACUCCUUGCCUGAUUCGCCUUGCCUCCAGCCCUCGGAGGACAGCAUGGACAAUAGCGACAUCCAGAUCGUGAAAGUGGAGUCUAUCGGGGAGGUGGGGAGCAAAAAGGACCCCGGUCAGUUUAUUUCCUCCGAACAGCAACAGCAAAGCUCCCUUCCUUCCUCGGAGCCCCAGCAUUCUCUGAUCAACUCCACCGUGGAGACUCGCGUCGGCGACCUGGAGCAAAGCCAGCUCCACAACUACGCCCUCUCCUACUCGCCGGCCGACAACCUCAUCGUGGCUUCCAAGGAGCUCUUUGGGCCCAGCAACCGGGCAGUGGACAAGGGCCUGCAGUGGCAUCACCAGUGCCCCAAGUGCACCCGGGUCUUCCGGCACCUGGAGAACUACGCCAAUCACCUGAAGAUGCACAAGCUCUUCAUGUGCCUCCUGUGCGGAAAGACCUUCACCCAGAAGGGCAACCUCCACCGGCACAUGCGGGUCCAUGCGGGGAUCAAGCCCUUCCAGUGCAAGAUCUGCGGGAAGACCUUUUCCCAGAAGUGUUCGCUGCAGGACCACCUCAACUUGCACAGCGGGGACAAGCCCCACAAAUGCAAUUACUGCGACAUGGUCUUCGCCCACAAGCCGGUCCUGAGGAAGCACCUCAAGCAACUUCACGGCAAGAACAGCUUCGACAACGCGAACGAGAGGAGCGCUCAGGACUCCGUCAUGGACUACGACGCCUUCGGCUGCAGCUCCGGGGCCGACUCCAAGGGCUGCCCCACGAACGAAGCCAGCCAGGUGCUGGAUGCGGGGAAGCUGGCCCAGGCCGUGCUCAGUUUACGGAGCGAAAGUGCCUGUGCGAACUAAGGGGUUGCCCCCAGCCUCUCUUGGCGAGCGAGAAGACCCAAACGGCUGUGGUGGGAGCUGGCCUAGGCCUCAAACCCCGGAAGGGCUCCGCUUUUUUGAGCUCGGGGGGGCCGAGCCUAACCUCGUAGCAGGCCUUCGCCUCUUUAGUUCAGUGGUUCUCAAUCUUUUUAAUGCCGCGACCCCCAACCGGUCGUAAGUCGAGGACUACUCAACUGGUGCAGCACCCUUUGCAGAAUGGGACUUUUGGUGGGCUCAGCAGGGCAGAG